AUGGAGCUAGAUGUGCAAGAACGGUAUCAUAAGCUAAAUUCCCGAGUCGUCGAUCUUGUUGGCGACUUUGCUGGAAAUGAGCUUUUCAUCAUCGAGGGUGACUCUCUUCUACUACACUGUUUCACGAAUCCCAAACUUGAUUUCAACCCCGGGCUGCAGGUAUUGCAUGCCACAUACUUGGUUGAGCAGGUGAUAUACAAGCUUCGACAGCGCAGAUGUGUGUUUGACAUCGUAUUCUUUGCUGAGAAUGCGCAGUGCUCCAUUCCCCCGAUGGCGGAUAGCGGUUCUCACGAUAAAUAUCUUCUUGCCCGAGAGGCUAUUACGCAGCAUCUUAUUUCUAUCCAAGGACAAGUAUCACCGCCCUUCCAAGUUCUCAAAUUUCGAGAUCUCAAGUCUAGAGAUUUUGGUGCUUAUCUGAACAGCUGCGGAGCAUAUCUUUUCAUAUGCCACGACGGAGCUGUUGCUGCAACUACAAGAGUCGCCGACACCGACAUUGACACAGAGAGCGAUGUCUCACUCAGCACUGACAUUGACAAAGGUGGCCUGGAAGAUGAAGGCGACACUGCGUCUUUCACAGCCCCACAUGCUGAGACCUCGAAGCUCAAACUUCGUGCGAUGAUUCACUGUUUCUCUGACUGUGGAUAUAACACUGCACUGAUCAACAGCUUGGAGUUCCGGGAUACCAAGGUCAUGGUGAUGAUGCUUGAUGGUUCUACCAAGCCCACCAAGGAUCGCAUGCUAUGGGAUAACUCCGACACGGAUAAUACCGAGCAGCCUGAUAUCACAGAUUUGCACAGGCGGGACCUUAGAUGCGCCCUUCAUGAUAUGAAUAAGGCGCUUUCUGUAUUGAGUCUCAGCCAGGAUACCUGUCAACCACUAAGCCCGCAAAGACUUGACGAACUUCUAGCAUCAAUGAUUUUAGAUCAGCCUACACUGACCCAACGUCAGCUCCUUUUGAUUGCCACAUUAAGCGCCAUGUUCUUGAGCGGUGUUGCGCAAAGCAUCAUCAACAAAACUGCGGCGCAAGCGAUGAUUUUGCAUCUUGUUAUCCUACAGGAAACUCGACUAUCAAACCGAGGAAUAAAAACAAAGAGAUAUCGUGACUCGCAGUUCUUGAAUGCAUUCUUAAUAUCAGCACGAGCCAUUCUCGCGUCAACUUGCUGGGCAAAUAUCACGACACAAAAUCAUCUGUGGUGCGAUCUUUGCGACUUUCUAGAUGGCACUUUGUUUCUCGCUAUUCAAGAGAUGGCGGAGAACGAUGGUAUCCGCCAAGUGCUUUCGUCGGUCACAUUUCCUUCUUUCAAAACUCUCGCAUCUUCCGUGGAUCAGUUUUGUGGAUCAAAGCUAAGCUGCGCAUUUUUGAAAAAUGGAGUUGAUUUCGAAGAUGUGAACAGUCAGUCUAAUGAGAACGCAAAAAGCAUAACAUCAUCAACUCGGGCAUUUGGCAAGGUGCUACCUUUUUCCAAUUCAGUCUUUGAUGAACAUCUGAGACCUGUACAUCUUGUCAUUGACGAGUCUUCAGAAUCAAGCGACAUUAAAGGGACCUCAAAGAACAGUCGAAACGAUUUCGAAGAAAACAACAGUUCUUCAUGGCAGACAUGGAUCAAUCGCCUUCCGAAUUUGAGAAAGGGGGUUUCCGCCGCCAUUGCCACCUUUGUCAACGAAGCAUGUCAACUAAUUGGACUCCCGACUUGUCAACUUGAUCAUCAAUCGGAUGAGAGUUUGUCUUUUCAACCCUUCAACCCUCCCACUGGGUUUCAAAUGAGCAUUGGGAUCCCAUCAGCUGAAUUUCAGCUGUCAUAUGGUGGGCACUGCAUGGAGCGCAGCAUAGAAUCCAUGCCUGACCCCCGAACACCCGACUUCGACCCCGAUCGCUGGCAGCGCGAAGUUUUGGAUCAAAUUGACCAGAAAAACAGUCUUUUUAUAGUAGCUCCAACAAGUGCAGGGAAAACUUUCAUAUCAUUCUAUGCGAUGAGGCAGAUCUUGAAAGAGGAUGACGAUGGCAUUCUUGUUUAUGUCGCGCCCACCAAGGCUUUGGUCAACCAGAUUGCGGCUGAAGUUCUAGCUCGGUUUUCAAAAUCAUAUCAUUCCCGAGCGAAUGGAAAAUCCGUCUGGGCUAUCCACACAAGGGACUAUCGUAUCAACGAGCCGAAAGGCUGCCAAAUAUUGAUCACGGUCCCACACAUUCUUCAAAUAAUGUUGCUUGCUCCAACCAACGCCAACGCAUGGACUCCUCGAAUCAGACGUAUCAUCUUUGAUGAGAUUCACUGCAUAGGCCAAGCCGAAGAUGGAGUUGUAUGGGAACAGCUACUUCUUUUGUCUCCAUGUCCAAUAAUUGCUCUGUCGGCCACGGUGGGGAAUCCUCGAGAGUUUUAUGAUUGGUUGUAUCUUGCCCAAAAGGCAAAUGGACUGGAUCUCAAAAUGAUUCAACACAGACAUCGAUACUCGGAUCUGCGAAAAUACGAAUACCGAGCCCCGAAAUCUUUUUCGUUCAAAGGAUUCUCCUCUCAUGAUGGAUUGCCCCUUUUGGGGUUGGAUGAGGCAACUGGCAUGAAGUUCAUACACCCGGUCAUUAGCUUAAUUGAUCGCUCCAAGCCCAUUCCAGAUGACCUGGAUCUCGAGCCCCGUGAUUGUUUGACACUGUGGAAGGCAAUGAGUGACCUUCAAACAGAGCGCUUCCCCGUCGAUAAUUCUCUGGAUCCAUCUGUCUUCUUCUCAAAUGGUAUCAUCAAAAAGGCACACACCAUUGAAUGGCAAAAGCAGCUGAAGUCUCUUCUGACUGAGUGGAUGAGAGGUCAAGGCUCUCCGUUUGAAAGAGUCCUACUUCGUUUGGAAAAUCGAGCUCCAGGAUACAUAACAGAGGAAGAGCAGAGCCCAUCAGAUCCCACGGUACAAGCAGCCGACAGAGAUGUCGGUCUACUCGACAGCACUCUUCCUUUGGUGUACUCUCUUCACUCCCAAGAGAAGAUGGCAAAAUGGACCGAAUGGAAACUCCUUCAAACUGCAACUCAAAAGAAGUCUGCCAAAGUCACGAGGAAAAAGAAUGCUGGACACGAUAACAGUGAUGAUGAUGAAGGACCUGGGUCCCGAGAGGAUCAAAUGAGGGAUUCACCCUCGACCGAAUCCACACAGUUCGAUCGAUUCGACCCUGAGCGGCCUUUGAAUCAAUUCAGCUUGGCGGAUUCAAAGAAAAUCGGACCUGGGGAGUUUUCUACGCUUGCAAGGGAAUUGAAAGCACGACAGGUAGCUCAAUUCCUCAUAGAUGCCUUGGAGCGUGGUAUUGGAGUUCAUCAUUCAGGGUUGAACCGCAAAUAUCGCCAUGUUUGCGAGAUGCUAUUCCGCAAAGGAUUCUUGCGCAUAGUCUUUGCUACUGGAACCUUGGCUCUUGGCAUCAACAUGCCCUGUAAAACGGUCAUGUUCUCAGGUGAUUCAAUCUUCUUGACAGCUCUCAACUUCCGACAAGCCGCCGGCCGAGCUGGUCGCCGUGGUUUCGAUUUACUGGGAAUUGUUGUCUUCCAGCGAGUGCCGCGCUCAAAGAUGCUCCGACUCAUCAGCUCGAAACUUCCUGAUUUGAAUGGUCAUUUUCCAAUCACGACCAGUCUCGUUCUACGCUUGUUUAUCCUAUUGCAAGGCUCAAACCAAGCUGCUUCUGCAAUCAAAUCAAUCAAUUCUCUGCUCUCAAGCCCGCGCAUCUACCUCGGUGGAUCCCAGAUGAAAGAAACGGUCCUGCACCAUCUCCGUUUCUCCAUUGAGUACCUUCGACGAAACAGACUGAUAGAUAGGAAAGGCGUGCCUAUAAAUUUUGCAGGCUGUGUCUCUCAUUUAUAUUACACAGAAAGCUCAAGCUUCGCUUUUCAUGCUUUGCUUAGCUCUGGAUAUAUCCAAAGCCUUUGCAAAAGUAUCAAGUCCCGCCCCAAGAUGACUGUUACCAAUCUGAUGUUGGUGAUGGCACAUAUCUUCAAGCGCCUCCCUUUGCGCGCAGCAACAUUGGAAUGGUAUCAGACCGUGGGAAAGAGGCCCUCCUCUGUUGUUGCCCUCCCGCCAUUGCCGAAGAAAGCUGUCGAAUCCUUGCGUGCGCACAACAAGAAUGUGCUUCAAGUAUACUCAGCGUAUGUAUCUAACUUUGUUGAUCAGCAUGUUCAUACCCCAGAUUGCCAUCUCCCAUUCAGUGGGUUCAAGUGCGGCGGAGGGCACACCUUUGCCCAAUUAGGACUCUCAAACCUCGACUGUGUCUACCCUAAGAUCGUAUCCCCGUUCUUCGCUCUGUCUGGAAAUGAUGACAACUGCCGUACAAUAUCUGAUCUUUGUCAGAUGGUGCGCAGUGGUGUGUGGCUUGAAAACUCAGUUAUUCCGUAUCUGGCUCUAUCCUCGGAGAGCCCAGCACCUCUCAAUGCCUAUCUGUACGACUUCUUCAAACAUGGAAACGUCUCUCAAUUGGAAACUGCGAAUUGCAUUCUCUGGAUGCUUUCCUUGCCCCAGGGGGGCCACAUCUCAGCGGAUAUGACCGAGGUGGUAGGUGGAGGUGAUGCGCAUGAAAGUCACUUGGAGAUGCACAUUGUCGACAGUCAGAUCGACACGGAAGAUCAAGAGACACACAAACAGGAAAAGGGCUCACACAUUCGGGAGGAUAUAAAGCACUCUACUUCCCGACAAGUCAAACCCAAUGUUGGACCGAAGAAAUUGCCUGAUAUCUGGGAGGAUGAGGCUGAAGAAGAGGUGCAAGAUUUCAAAGAUGUCGAAGAGUUUGAGCAAGUGCACUCUCAGCAUCCCGGCAGUGGACUCAAGAAUCAACCAAAGGAGCCUCAGCCAGAAGCAAAGAAGGAAGAACCGGUAGACAAGUCUGAGAGAUCCAUGUGCUUAGUUUCGCAGGCCUUCAGAGAGCUCCAGCAAGAGUUUGAUACCAAGUUCAGGGCAAUGUGGGCCUAG